AUGACAAGUGGGAUGAGCGCGGAGGGCAAGUGGAGCGUCGUGGGGCACGCGAUGCUCGGAUCAACACGGAGAAGAGCAGCCGUGCCGUCGCCUCCAGCAGACUUGGGAAGGUUAAAAAUGGCAAAUGACAGGUUGAAAGCUUUGCUGUCAGAUUUGGGACGAGCUACCUUGAGAGGAGUUCGUAAAUGCCCUAAAUGUGGCACAUACAAUGGCACAAGAGGAUUGAGUUGCAAAAACAAGGCCUGUGAUGUUGUGUUUAAGGAGGCAGGUGAAAGAAGAAAGCUGUCAACUGAAGCUUGCAAACUUCUGACUGGCAAUACUACGCAGGUAUUUUCUGUCCGUGUACGUGAUAAAGGACCAGAUUAUCGAGGCUUUGUGCAAUUACCUGUUGUACAGAAUGGGAUAGAUGGAGAACAUUUUUUGGAUUCAGAUAUGAACCUCAUUACUCAAACAUCUGCACUAUGUUUUGUGGAUACCUGUCAGAGAUCAUUUGAUACUAGUGUACUGAAAUGUCAUGAGAAGACAACUCCUUCUGGUGGCACAACAUGUCAACAUAUUCAAGCAGCUUUGCGGUGUUAUACAGAAGCACAACCACUUUCAUUAAAGCGGUCUGUCCUUUCUUCAUUCAACGCUAGUGAUGAUAUCAAACAGGCUAUAUGGCAGCUUGCGAAUGAAACUACAGGUCCUCUUGUUCAAAGAGUUUCCAAGAACAUUAUGGCAGUGAAAUGCAAAGCAAGUCCAAAACAUCCCCUAGGCUACCUUCAUUUUUCAUUUUUCAUGUCUAAGUUGCGAGAUCGUAUUGAAAACAAAUAUUUCUGUAGUUGCACAGCCUUUAAGGGUCAAGUUAAGCAUGCCACCAACAAGGAAGAUCCAAACUUCAAGAAAUGCGUUCAUUUUUAUGCAUGUGUGUGUGCCUUUGCCAGUGACCCAAAGCUUUCAGAAGAAUUUGCCUAUUAUAUAAAUCUUGACAAGCCAGUAUUCAUUUCCACCCACAUGGUUCCAGUGACUACUGUUCCUAAUGAGCAUCAGCUUGUUGCAAUCUUGAGUGAAGAAGGAACGCCGUGUGAAGUAGAAGUUGAAGUGUUACCAGAGGAUGCUGCUCUUCUUGAUGCCACAAGUCUCACAGUUUCGGACAGUGGUAUUGCACAGGUACAUGGCUUAGAAAUGAUGACAGGAGAUCCUGUUGAAGUUCAAAUUCAAACAAUGCAAACAGAUGGGUUAAGUUUUGCUGAAACCUCAGUUUUAACUGAUCCUUCUUCAUCUAUAGAAAUGCUAAGCAUGAAGAGAAAGCGGGAAGAUCAAGCAAGUUCAGCUCUUCUUACAUUGCAAGAAACUGGUAGCCUAAGUAAAAGACCUAAUGGAGGUAACAAUAUGAAUCAUUUAAUAUGCAGUUCAAGCAAUAGUGGAGUAAUUGGCAAGAAAGCACCUAUUGGAUCUGAAUCAGUGGAUGAGACAACCACAAACUUUUCAUUUCUCCAAUGGUUGGCUUCUGUAACUGAAAGAAUAAAUCAGACAAUGCAUUUUCAGUUCAGUGGGAAACCUGAACCUUUGGUAUUUCACAUUCCACAGGACUUCUUUGAUUGUCUGAGAGAACGCAUUUCAUGCAAAGGAAAAAGGAAGCGCCUACCCAAUAAUACUACAGCAUUCAUAAGGAAAGAUGCUGUUCCCAUGGGAACUUUUACAAAGUAUACCUGGCAGAUUACUAAUAUAAUUCAUGUAAAACACAUAUUUGAAACACCUUUGAUGCCUUUAGAAAUAACAAGAAGUUUUGUAGAAAAUCGUGAUGGCACGUAUGAGCCGUAUGAACAUGAAAAAGAUGAAAACGAAACUUACCGUAAAACAGGCAGCCAGCCUUUAAUAAAACCCUUGGAACUUAAAACUUUUCUGAAAGUUGGUAACACAUCACCAGACCAGGUGGAGCCAACACCAUUUUUAAUUGAAUGGAUUCCAGACAUUCUUCCUAGGAGUAAAAUAGGUGAACUUAAAAUACGAUUUGAAUUUGGUCAUCAAAGAAAUGGACAAGUGGACAAACGUGCUACUCUUUCCAGAAACAUUCUCAAAUUAGAGUCUCAUCAGCCAAAUGAUGAUAUUUCAGUUGUACAAGAAAAUUCUACUGAAAUGAUUACUCUUUAAGAAAAUAAUCUUUGUAGAUGUAAGCAGUAAGUGAGUGAGAGUCAUAUCUAAAUAAUGAGAGCGUAGGCUUUUACAGCCGGAGUCAGUAGCUACUUGGGUGUCUGAGAGACACUGCGACCUAGGCACCGGUGCCAACGUGUUGACCUUGCAGCAUUUUGCUGUGAGGAAGGUUGAAUGGAGGCCAAAAUGUUGGCACCUGUGCCUAGGACUCAGCAUCUCCCAGACAGCCCAGUAGCUAAUAUCCAAAUAAUGUUUUAUUAUACAUGAGCACAUGUAAUAUUAUUUAUGCAUUUGAAGAUAUUGAUAUAGUUUCCACCAAAAUAAGCCUAUAAAAGAAACUAGUAAUGCAGUUAUACAGGUUGUAACAAAGGUACGCAGAAUUUUCACCAUAUUGGUUUUGAAAUUUUGUUUUAUUCAAAUGUACAUUUUCUUCACUCUUAUGAAAGUGAAGUACUAGAAUGUUGAGGUUAAUUAUUUUGAUUAUACGUUGCAUUUCUCUUAACACAAAACUGUCUAUUAAAAUGUUAAUCUUGAUGCUAAGAGAAACUACAUAAUUGUGCAAUACGUAUUUUGUCUUUGUAGAAAGUUUGGAUUGUAUGAUAACCUUUCUUCCAUUCAAGAACAUUACUCCGGCACCUAAUGCCUGGAAAUGGUGUAAUGAACCAGUUACAAAGUUAAGCAUUAUUUGCCGAAUAUAUAUUAUAUUAUGUUUGCAGUACCUGUACCUUACAUAUUUGGUAUUGCUCCAAACAUUUGUAUUAAUACAGAAAAAUCAACUUGGUGUUAAAAAGAAACAUAUUAGUAUAUAAGAAUAUAUGAACAUUAUUACAGGUUUCCGGACAUUUUUGGUGGAAAUAUAAUUUCAAUACCUAGCUUCAGAAAUUAUUGGAAGUGUCCAUUUUGUGCGAGUCACCUAGUAUGCGUACUUUUCAAUUAGGGUGGUUUUAUUAGCAUUUCCUACAUGAGAUUGCUUUUCAGGGCUUAUUUCAUUAGAGUUGUCUUGCAUAUCGAAACAAGACAAAUAUAUUUUUGACUGUUGGCUCCAUGUUUCAGCUUCAAUUAUAUGACAGGCCUUUGAAACUACUUAAGAUAAUGACUGAAAGUGUGGAAAUACAAGAGUAUUUAUAAUGGACUGAAAUAGCUAAUAUUAAGUGCCUCUUUUGCUGAAAUUCAUUUUAAUUUCUUGUGCAUGUAGUAAGUAUAUUGAUUAUGCUCUAAUUUAAUUGUAAAAUCAUUUUAAUUUUUUGUUUGUUUAAUGUCCAAAGAUAUUUAUGUACAAAAAUAUCUUAAACCAGAAAAUUUCUGCAAUUAAUUAAUGAUUUUUGUAUAUACAUAAAUGAACAGAAUU